UCGUAUAAAAAAACCAAAAUAGACACAGUCUAUUAAAGAAUCACAUGAUAUUGAACAGGGAACAUAAGUUUAUGGUUUUGACAGCUUUUAGAUAUUGAGAAUGUUGUAUGGUUUUAACAUAUUGUUUGGUUUCAUUUAAAAAGCACUGAAAGGAUUCUUCGCAGUCACCUGGUUUCAGCUGAAACGCCAAGAUUUACGAAUCAGUUACGGACCUCAUCGCGAUAUUACAUUUGCCAUUAGCGUGCGUAGCAACCGCCGUUGUUUGGCUUCUUUGCGCCGCCUACUUGCAAGAGAUGCAGAACGUGACCAAUUACGUUCCUCCCUGUAGCUCGUCGACCAACGAAAAUCGUAGUAGGCGUGUCCCCCUCUGUGCCGUGUUCCGUGUGGAAAGUUUACCGGCUCGGGUGCAAAGUUUCAGCCGUCUGCAAAGCGGAGCUCGUCGGCAAAACGAGCGAGGAAGGUGCUGGUAUUUAUACGGUUGCUGAAUCGUUUUUUAAUCGCGAAUUCAUUCGGUGUGUGUUUGUCCUCAGAUGUAGCCGAGUGAUGCUGCCGUCGCCGAAUAAGAGUGUUUUACGCGGAUGAUAUUAGCAGCGAUCGUAUUGUCACAGGGAGCCAAGCUAGCUUAACGCAACCCGGAGUUAAACGGGAAAGCCAACCAGCGGAUGUCGUGAGGAUUUCUUGGUCUUUCUCAAACCUGCUGAUUUCUUCAACGCUAACUUAAACUUGAAUCGACUGUGAGGAAGGAAAAAUGGCUUGCGAACCCAAUCGUGCCCGGCUGCUGUGCAUGCUAUCAUUGACUUUUGGGUUUUUCAUCGUGGAGGUGGUGGUCAGUCGGAUGACCUCGUCCCUGUCAAUGCUGUCGGACUCCUUCCAUAUGCUGUCGGAUGUCAUCGCACUCGUCGUGGCUCUAGUGGCGGUCCGGUUCGCCGAAAAAACCCAGGCGACCAACAAGAACACCUUCGGAUGGAUCCGAGCGGAGGUGAUGGGGGCUCUGGUCAACGCCGUCUUUCUCACGGCGCUGUGCUUCACCAUCGUCCUGGAGGCGGUCGAGCGUUUCACCGAGCCCCACGAGAUCGAGUCUCCAGUAGUGGUGGCCGGGGUCGGUGCCGCGGGGCUUCUGGUUAACCUGCUGGGGCUCUGCUUGUUCCACGGCCACGCGGGCGGAGGCCACGGACACUCCCACGGAGGGCACUCUCAUGGUAGUAAGAAUAAGCGGGGCAAAACGAGCAAGAACUCGAAGGCUGGAAACGGGUCUUCGGGAGAGGAGACCAACAACUUGGUAGGAAAUCACAACAGCCCAGGCGAUGGGAGACCAAGAAAUGAAAUCAGCUGUAAAGGCAGCACAGAGGUGCAGAUGAAUGGAAACACCCACUAUGAGGAGAUGGAUCCCGACCACGACUCGUCGUCGCAGCUCAACAUGCGCGGGGUCUUCCUGCAUGUGCUGGGCGACGCCCUGGGCUCCGUCAUCGUAGUGAUCAAUGCUAUAAUAUUCACUUUUGUGUGGCAGCCCUGCAUAAAAGGUGAAAAGUGCAUGAAUCCGUGCGUCAACAGCCACUCCACUGACCAUUACCAUGACAACGACACCGUCGUCGAUCCGCACGUGGGUCCAAUUGUGCCGACCAUGAAGUUCGCCGGCCCCUGCUGGGUUCUUUACCUUGAUCCCACACUGUGCAUCAUCAUGGUGAGCAUCCUGCUGUACACUACCUACCCUCUGCUCAAAGAGUCGGCCCUCAUCCUGCUGCAGACCGUGCCCAAGCAGAUCAACAUGCACCGGCUCAACGAGCGUCUGCUGAGCCUGGACGGCGUCCUGGCCAUCCAUGAGCUGCACAUCUGGCAGCUGGCCGGAAGCCGCAUCAUCGCCACGGCGCACAUCAAAUGCCACGACCCCACAUCUUACAUGGAGGUGGCCAAACGCAUCAAGGACUUCUUCCACAACGAGGGCAUCCACGCCACCACCAUCCAGCCCGAGUUUGUCACGUUCAGCUCAGAGUCUCGAGACUCCCUGUGCGAGCUCUCCUGUCGGACUCAGUGCGCUCCCAAGCUCUGCUGCGGCGCUGCGGACAAACAGAACACCGGCUCCGACAAGAAGGCUGCAGUCGCUUCAAACCUGGAGGUGAUCAGUGAGACCUCAGAGGCGGCGGGGGCUGUAGUUCAGGUGUGCCCUGGGUCUGAGGCUGAGGUCAGGAUUGCCAGAGAGGUGGAGUCGUCUCUGUGAGAUGAAGGGUGUGGAGAAGAGCAGAGGAGAAGCAAGAAAACCUCCACUUUGGGCAAAAACAUCAACAUCAUUUGCAGAAAGCUGUAAUAUUUGUGGCUUAAUCAUUGCCCUUAUAGGUCCUUUUAUUUUCGAUUAUUGCCCAUCUACACGGCUGAACCCGUUUCACUCCCUCUCAUGUUCAUAGAUUGAGCCUUAGUUCAACACCCCCCCCCCCCACCCCCUCAAGCCUUUCCUCCGCCACUCAGUCCCUCCUUUGUUGUCCGUGGCUCUGGCAGUGUGGCGGUAUGGUUGUGAUGCAUGUUGGGUUGCACUGACCUCAUCUCCACCAGGACUGGAUCAAGGCCUGCAUGAGCGUCCCUCAUUAGCACCAUAUUGUGAUGUCUCAUCUUGUCUCAUGGUGUUUCUGUGCCAAAGCUUCUCAGUGGACUGAAGGGAUCAGAGGGACCUUCCCUCCUCCAAAUGGACACACAGCACACACAUCACUAGGUUAUUUAUUUAGCCUAUGGACCUGCUGGAAAAGAGUCUACCUUCCUGUUUUUUUGUGUAGGCUUCGAGCAGACCUAUUCUCUUUACCCUCUGGCCUCCAGAUGGAAUAGUAUUGUAUCGCAUAAUAAUUUAUGUAUCUAAGUUAUUAGAAAUGAUCUAUUUCUCUGUAGAUGCUGUUUGUAAUGUUUAGUUUGGAUGAUAAACAUUCAUUUUUCUCUUUC